AUGAAAUCAAAGAAUGAAUUAUUAUCACAAUAUAAAGAAGAAAUAUUUGGUGAUUCUGAAGGUAUGGAAUUUCAGAAUGACGUUGAAACUUUAAAGAUUAAUCAAUUAAACUUGAGUAAUAAUAAUCUGCCAUCUUUUCAAAUUACUGCAAAACAACAAAUAAAUUCCCCAACGUCAAAAGCUUCAUCUGGUAAAAGAAUAACAAAAGAAACACUUAGUGAGUAUAGUGAUGAUACUAGUUUAACAGAUUUUAUUAGUGAAUCUGAAUUUGAAUGGGGGGAUCAAUUUAAUAAAAAUCAAAAUAUUUAUCAACAAAUGAAUCAGAAAUUGAUAGAACGGAAAAGAGCUCAACAACAACAAGCAGAAAAAGAACUUGAACAGUAUGAAACAAUGAGGAAUAAGAAAUUAGUUGACCCAAAUCAAACACUAAAAUUAAAAGACUUUAACAAAUUAACAAAUCAAAAUCUUUCAUUCUUAGAUCAGUUAGAAUCUGAAAAAACUAUAAACUAUGAGUACACCAAAGAUGAUUUUGAUGAAUUUCAAGAUGGGUUUGAAGAUCUAGAUAAAAAAUUACAUAAAUCAUCCUUACCAAGCUUAAAUCUACAUAAAUCAUUAAAAAAAUUUCAUUCAAUGAAUUUAAGUGGUCCAAAAUAUAAUGAUCAAGUUAUAAAUAAAUUAAAUAGAAUUCCAUCAUUUUAUAAUAAAGAGAAAUUGGAAAAGUAUAAAGAAAACGAAGUACAACAUAAUCAUAAAUCAAAAAUCAAAAAUAUAACAAAAUUAAGUUCACCAAUUUCGAGUUCAAAAAUGAGAUUCGAUUCUAAAAAUUUGCGAUGGGAAGGUAAUGAGGAAGAUUUAUAUCGAUUUAAUAAACCUAAUUUCAUAAGUAAGAAUGAAUUAAAUCAUGUAUCAAAGAAUCAAAAUAUGAUUUUUGAUAAUAAUACAAGAAAAUGGAUAAAUAUUAAUGAAGAAGAAGAUGACGAGCUAUUUAAUAUACCCGAUUUGAAAAUAAGUUCACCACCAAAGAAAUCUCAAUCAAUGAGAGGGUUGAGUCAGUAUACUCAACGGACUACAUCAACUAACAGUAUACUGGAGUACGAACUGAAGGAUGAUUUUAGAUUGAGUAGUCGAUUAGUUGAUAAAUUUAAUAAAGAAGAAUUGAAAAUUGAUAAAAAGAUAAGUCAUUGGUUUCAAGGUGCAAUAGAGUAUAAGAAUGAUUAUUAUUGGGAGAUUAGAAAAAUGGUAAUGAAUGAAUAA